CCACGUCAGAAGUGCCAUGUCAGCAGUGCCACGUCAAACACAGUGCCACGUCAGACAGUGCCACGUCAGCAGUGCCACAUCAGCAACAUGACGGGCCUGCCAGGCCAACUGGCCAAUGAGCCCAUUGCCGACUACAAAAAGCGCUUCCAGGCUCAGCUCGCUUUAAUCGAGGUUGAGGAACAACGCCAGCUGGCAGCCAAGGCUGCCCAGCUACAGGCUGAAGAAGCGGCAACAGCAGAGAAGCUACGGCUACAGGCCGAAGCAGACGCAAAUGCCCAGGCUCGCCGCAAGGAAGCCCAGGAUCUGCUGCAGCGGCAUGAAGCCAACAGCAUCGAGAGACUCAAGUUCUGGCACUUUGAACCGAACGGCGACGAGGCAACACCGGAAGAGCAGCAUAAGGAGUUCAUGGCCAAGCUCGUGACCAGGUUGGCUUACACUUGUAACCACCUACAGUCCGAGCUGGCGAACCUCCAACGGGCCGAGCGGAACCAUAAGACUCAGCACAAGGAUGCCACACGGGCACUAGACGCCCGUGUACAGGACUUGGAACAAGUUCCACCAAGACCAGAUGUUGGGGCUUCCAGCAGUGCACCCUCUAGCCGCCAACUGGAGGAACGCGUUGACCACGAAGUGGCAAUGCUCGGCGACAUCAGCACCUUCGCUGCGCCGACCACCAUCAGCACUCAGUUGCAUACCUUGAAGACCGAGGUCCAGCAGCUGCAGUCGACGAACACGGAUGGCAAUCCUAAGUUGUACAAGAUGCCAACUUUCCAACUGGACAAGUUCGACGACUACACGCAGCAGGAUCUGGUCCUCUGGUGGGACGCAUUCACGACGCAACUUCGGAUUCUACCCGUCGCUAAGCAUGCGUGCAUCGGCGCCCUGUUCAUGAACUCAAAGGGCGGAUGCCAGACCUGGUUGACCCACCUGGCAACCUCUCACGGCGUCGACGUACCAGACUUGAAGGACAAGAUCACAUGGGAGGAACUGACACGACUGUGGAAGAAACGGUUCAUCGUCGACGACGCGCCGACACUCGCUAUCGAACGUCUUUUCACCAUGUCACAGGGCAACACCGCAACACGAGACUGGCUCACGGAGUGGCAGAAGAUUGUGGCAGUGCCCAAUCUGGACUUGCCAUUCACGCAUCUGCGCAGUGAGUUCUACAACAGGUCCAGUGCUGCAUUGAGCCAGGCUCUUGGUGAUCGCGAGCAAUACACCACCUUCACCGAAAUCAUUGACAAGGCGAGGGAGAUCAUCAAGACCAACAGGUCAGCUGCACACGAAAAGUCAACAUGGCAGUCGACCUAUGUGGAGAAGGUACGAACUGGUCCGCGACCGCAGCACUUCGCUGCAGUCCAGUCGGACAGUGGAGAAGACCCAGCAGCCACUCCAGCAUCAUGUGAGGGAGAUCAGGUGGCUGCUGUCCAGCCGCGAAGCAACAACAAGUCCCAGAACAAUGGGAAGGCGAAACCAGCAUCGCAGGCCGGAAAUGGACAGCCAGCACCACCAUGGGUCAAGUUCGGCUUGACCGAGCCCGAGUACAAGUACCGCGGCCGAUCAGGCCAAGGAGGAUGUGCGGCCUCGGCUCAACUCGGGAAACUGAGUUUCGCGGGAGGUGAGGCGACUCCACCCCGCACUCCACCAGAUUCGGCCGCCUUGCUAGCGGCCUCGUACACAUCCGGGGAGGAUGCGAAUGUCGCAAGUCCUUGGUACACUUACGAGGAUUAUGUUGUCCACUUGGUUCCACCGCUGGACCAACCGCUCCACGUGCAACAAUCUACCGCAUGCACGGUUUCAUCACCAUCGGCAACCGAUUCGGCAGCUUCGCCGUCAUCUACCGCCGGGGAUUCAACGUCAUGGUCAAGCCUUGAAGAACUCGACCCGUUGACUUUUGAGGACUUCCAAUGGAUGCCCCUGCCCCGGUUCGGUCGAUUGCCGAAACCGCAUUGCAACGUGCUCAAAGUACAAUUGCGGGAUUACUUGCACACUGCAGUACCGACUCCGUUGAUGGACGCCGGAGUAGAGGUUGUCGACCUUUACGCCUACAUUGCGAAGAUCGACCGCGAGUUCAAGAUGCAACGGUACGGCGACAUCGACGCACCAUUGCUAUAUGUACGCAUUCAGAUCGGAGAGGCGACCUGCAGCGCUUUGAUCAAUUGCGGAGCAUCUCGCAACUACAUGAGUCAGGACUUCAUGGUACGCGCCGGCUUUGGCCCACGAGUCCGAAGGAAGUCCCAGCCCACGCAAGUCACGUUGGCGGACGGUCACACGCACAAGUCAAUCGACCGGUGCAUUGACGACGUCCCAAUGUACUUUGCCCCUCACGCAAGUGAGGCGGUGUCCUUUGACAUCCUGGACACCAAAUUUGACAUGAUCUUGGGCAUGUCAUGGCUGCGAAGCGAGGACCACCCGGUGAGCUUCUACCGCCGCACCGUUCACAUUCGUGAUCGGAACGGAGUACUAGUCCCAUGCAUGGUAGCUCCUCCUCACCCUUCAGUCAGUUGUCACGUGGUAUCCGCCGCAAGCAUGCGAGCUUCCAUCAUCAGAGACGACAUCGAGGAGAUGGGGGUGUAUUUUCUCCACGCCCUCCCGCCCCAAGACGCGUCAUCGACGGACUCAUAUUCGGAUCCACGCAUCACCGAACUUCUCGACGCCUACAGCGACGUGUUCAAAGGCCCGCACGGAGUAGUACCGAAUCGACCCAUCUGCCACAAGAUCAUCCUCGAGGACGGGGCCAUACCUCCACUCGGUUGCAUCUACCGAAUGAGCGAGGAAGAGUUAAGUGUGCUUCGGGCACAACUCGACGACCUUCUGGAGAAAGGCUAGAUUCGGCCUAGCUCAUCGCCAUACGGUGCUCCUGUUCUCUUCGUCCGGAAGAAGAACAAGGAUUUGCGGUUGUGCAUCGAUUAUCGCAAGCUCAACGCGCAGACGAUCAGAAACGCCGGCCCUCUCCCACGCAUCGACGAUCUUCUUGAGCGACUGGGCGGCGCCGAGUUCUUCUCCAAGCUCGAUCUCAAGUCGGGAUAUCACCAACUCGAGAUUCGCAAGGAGGAUCGCUACAAGACCGCGUUUAAGACGCG